GAUACACGUGCCACACGCGUCUGUCUGGUGUGCACAAGAGUCUCAUUCCUUGGAGGCCAUUUCGAUGCCUACCUACCGGAUCUGUGUGUGCAGCUAGGUAUUUAGUGGCCGGAUUCUGCUUGCUGACACAUGGGUGUAAAUCUGGAGUCUUUCCAUUGGAGUCCAAGAAACUUAACUGCAUUUACACCAUGAAACGACAGCAGGAUUUUGCUCCUGGACAUCUAAACAGCUUGACCUGCACCCCAAAAAUACUGUGAGGGUAUCACCCUCCCAAGGGGGUGGGGCUUUCUCCUCCUCUCGCAUCCUGGACGCAUAACAGGGAAAUGAAGCUGCUACUUCUGCCACUGCAGCGUUUCAGGCCCAGAGAGCGAGUUAGAGACCUGAGCGUGGGGACAUAGGUAUUAAUAGAUGAUAAUGAACGAAUGGAAUAAGUAUUCAUCCAACAUGGAAAUUCCAGCACCAUCAUGGGAAUCCCUGCUGAGGGCUAUAAAAUACCAUGGCCGGCGAGGGGGAAGCCAGACCAUUCUCGGCCACCCCAACCUGCCAGAAUCUGCCUGCUGCUGGUGCCAGAGCCGAGACACCCCGCCUGGAAAUGAAGGUUGCCUCCUUAGCCCUUGUAACACUGCUCCUUGCGGCUCUCUGGAUGGAAGCCCAGUCGUUCAGCUUUGAUAGGAAACCCAACACAUGCUGUUAUGCAAGCAAUUUUGUCCGAAAACCGAUCUCCCCGCAACUGAUCCGGAGUGACAGACCCACGGAUCGGAGAUGCUCCCGCCAGGCCGUGAUUGUGGUGCUGCGGAGGGGGAAGGAAGUCUGUGUCGAUCCCAGUGCAGAAUGGUUCAAGACGUACAAAGAAAACCAGAAAAACUCCUUAAAGAAACAUGGCCUCCGGGUCUGAGACAGCAGCAGCUGGACACGAUCUCAGUUUCAC